AUGAACACCAGCACGAGCGGCUCCGGCGGCGAUCUACACCAAGCAUUCGUGGAGGCCAUCAUCAACGGCUUGCACUAUGCGUGGGACCAGCAGGAAAAAUCAUUUGGCAAGCUGAUGCCUGAUCGCUGGAGACAUCAGGCCGGCAUUCGGCCCAAGUGGUUCAUGUGGAAUGACAUCGCAGCCCUGGCGGUGAAGAGGAUCGGGCUCCUCCAGUUGGACCCGCACGGACGGAUCUACAGCAUCAUGUACCACAGGGCCUACCUGGAAGUGAUCGCAGAGCCUGUGGAAGUGUGGCAGCUGCAUCUUUUUCUGGACAGCACAUCCUUGGCAGACGUUUUGGCCUGGGAGAACAAGUUGCGCCGGGCUGCUCGGAUGGCUGCAAGGGAACAUGGUCCAUCAGAUGACUGGGCCUAUCUUCUGUCAGAUCGUGAGCAGUCAGAUCGUGAGCAGAGGCUGGGCGCUUGCCCUGACUGUUUGGGGCUGGUGGUGGAGAAUCCGGCUGACGGGAAGCGGGUCUUCCUGGAACGCAUGCGAGAAGGGGAGGUUGCCAAGUUGGAAGUGAGAUAUCCAACGGUGGUCGCGGUGUUUAGACACACGCCCAUGGAAAUCUACGUGAUGAACAACGGUCAACAGAGAGACCUCACCUACCAGGAGGGGGGACGGCCACUUCAAGUUUCUGCGUUUGAUUUCAACAUCAUCAUAGGGGUAGAUGUGUUGUUCCUGAUUGGCGUGGGCAACCACCUGGAGCACCCCGUGCUGAACAUCGCAGGCCACGGCACGAUGUACACGGCCUUCGGCCUCAUCGACGUGAAUCGGAGAUCCGGAGCGAGCUGUGGAAGUGCAAUAGCAAUGCCCAACCUGGAGAAACAGGGGCUACAACUUCUCGACAGGGAGUUGCUGAACGCCAAGGGGAGAAUCCGGGUUGAUGGCGAGAAGCUGGGCUAUGUGGACACCACUGGCGACGAGAUCAAGGUCACCUAUGGCACGGCAGGGCGCCAGCGCGGAGGGAACAUCAGAUGGGGCAAGGGUUUGGGCCAGGUUCAAGACAUGAAGAAGGGUGCGCUGUAUAGACUCCUGCCAGCUGGAGUGAGCAGCAUCAUGACGGAGCUUUAUUACAAGCUCCGAGCGGGGAACAAGAAGAACUACCCGGUGAUGGCUGGAGCUCGAGACAUCAUGAUCCUCAAGCAGCUGGAGAAUCAGGACGUGUUCUAUUCGAACGACAUCAUGAAGACGGACUAUGUGUUCCUCACCAAGCAGUCCGGGAAGGAACUGGAUGAGAAGAAGUUCUCUGAGCAGGAGAUGAAGCUUUUCGACGAGGCAAAGAAGCGAGAGUUCGAUACCCUGGUGCAGAGCAACGCGGUCUUGGUGGUGACGGACAAGGCGGAGGUGAUGCGGAUCAAGCAGGGACGGUACAUCUUGACGCGAAAGCAGGGCGAGGUUGGACAAACUUGGAAGGCGAAGGCCCAGUGGAUCUUGCUUGGACACAAAGACCCUGACACGUUGGAGUUGGAAAGAUACGCACCAACACCGGCGACUCCUACGGUGAUGUUGACUUUGCAACUGAUCAGCAGCAUGAAGUUCAAGCUGGCGAUCAUGGAUGUGCCCAGUGCAUUUGGACAAUCUGAUGCCGAGGAACGCCAACAAGGACCGCUACACGCUUCACAACCUCCAAGUGGCAUACCAGGGGUGGCUCGGCAUCUCCUCGUCCGCACCCACGCGGCUGUUUACGGCCUAGUUAACGCUCCAGCGAGCUGGCGAAAGACGGUGGGAAGAAUCCUACUCACCUUGGAGUACUUCAAGAGUUCCGUCGACCCAUGUUUGUUCUACCUGCCGGUGAAGCGCGAGGACAUCGUGGACGGCACCAUCCUGGCAGUGGCUGGUCUGGUACUACUUGAUGUAGAUGAUUUUGCUCAGGGAGGCAAUGGUCGCCACCAAAGCAAGAUGGAGGAGCUGAAGACGAAGCUGAAUUGCGGCAAGUGGCAGUUGGAGAACUUUGAGAUUCAGGUGAGCAUGCACCGGUACAUCGAGGAGAAGCUGACAGAGAGCAAGCCACCCCGCAAGCGACUCCGACAGGCCACGGAAUUCCUGACAGAAGCUGAGACAUCAUUGCCACGUGGGGCCGGCGGAGCUUUGCUGUGGGUGGGAAAAGAAGGACGACCAGACAUGGGAGCAGCGUGUGCUAUGUCCAUGUCAUGGGAUAAGGGCGGCCCAACGAUUCAGAACACCCUGUAUGUCAAUCAGGCAGAAACUUCUGACGUGGGCAUCAGGAUCCUUCCGAUCAACCUGGACCAGUCGGUGUGGAUGGCCGCCAGCGAUGCUAGCGUGGCGAACGGGAAUGUGAAGAGCCAGGGUGGCUGA